AUCGCCUUUUUUUUUUUUAUUCGACGAAUAAACCACCGCAUCUUUGGUUAGGUUCUCUUGGUUUACCCGGCGAAGCCCGCCCCCCUCCCCCUUCUCUCUUUUCCUCUUAUUCUUCCUCCAGUCCUUCGGCCCCUCUUCUUCACCACCACCUUGCCGACCUUCCCGUCCUGCCCUAACUAAGCGCCGCGGCCCCCAUGGAGGACCAGCGCGAAAUCGCCCUCUUGUCCCGAUCGCUGGAAGAGGUGGGUGUUGAUGCGAAGGCGGUAGAAGGUGCUGAUUCGUGUGGAUCAGCUGCGGAUUUCGGGGUCUGCGCGAUCUGUUUGGAGAAGAUUGUUCUUCAGGAGAUGGCGCUUGUAAAAGGUUGCGAGCAUGCUUACUGUGUGACGUGCAUCCUGAGGUGGGCAGCAUAUAAGCAGAAGCCUUCUUGCCCUCAGUGCAAGCAUCCUUUUGAGUCCCUCAAUGUUCAUCGCUCACUUGAUGGCUGUAUUCAUGACUACAUGUUUGAAGAGAGUGUUUGCCUUCUGCUUCGGGCUGCUUGGUUUGUGCCUCUGACGGUAGAGGCCCAAGAAGAGGCUUCUGAAGAGCUCGAAGACUAUACCCAGUAUUAUAAUGAUCAAGAUUAUGCUGAUGAUGACAAUGAUGAUGAUGGUGAUGAGCUAGAUGAAUCGUACUAUAUUAGCAGCUCAUCGAGUAUCCGUAUCGGUAACAGGAGGUGGGGUGACAAUGGUUAUGUGAGGGCAGGACGCAAGGAAGCACGACCUGUCGGUCAACGAUCUUUUGAUGACUCUGGUGCUGGUCCAUCCCAGUGCCCCAAGAAGAAAGAGUCAUCCAAAGUUGUGACUGGUAGGCGGGCGAAAAGGGCGCUGAAGAGAGAAGCUGCAGAUAAAGCAGCUGCAGCCAAGCACCAGCAGCACUUGCAGAGGUUGGGUCGCAAGUGAUCUUCUAUGGGAAGAAUUAAUGAGGCUGCCUUUCAUUGUAUGAUGGCAACUCAGCCAUGCCGCAUUUGUACAGGAUGUUAGCCUUCUAGAUUCAGCAUAUAGUGUCGUGAAGUGGUGCAGUUACCACAUUCAAGCAGGCACAUCUUUACUGACACAUAGCAGACGUUACUUCUGUUAGGAUUUAAAAAAUGAGUUGUGUAGUUUUAUACUGGUUCAUGAUUUCAUUGCUUACGUGCCCAUUGAAUAAGUGAAUAUGUUUCUUCUUGGCGGUUUCUGAUCGUUAAUGGCAAUGUGAGGAAAUAUGCAGUUGAUAUU